AUGACAACUGAAAAUAGAGCUCCGUCAGCAAACCCAGCGUCCGAGUUAGCAACAGUAACAGUAUCAUCUAGAAUACCGGAGUUUUGGUGCGAUCAAGCUCGCUUAUGGUUUGUGCAGUGUGAAGCCAUCUUAACACCUCAAAAACUAAGCGACGAGGCGAAAUUUAACUUAGUCGUCACGAAAUUGGGAAAAGACGUCAUUCAACAAGUAAGCGACAUAUUACUUCAGCAGCCCCAAACGAAGAAAUAUGACACCUUAAAAGCAAGAUUAUUAGCAGUGUAUGAAGAAUCAGAAAACCGGCAACUCCAAAAACUUUUGAGCGAAAUCGACCUUGGCGACGAAAAACCCUCUCAACUCUUGAGGCGCAUGCGAGAUUUGGCCCGCGGAAAAAUUCCUGAUGAAACGCUGAGUAUCAUGUGGCAAGGUCAUCUUCCAGCCGCAGUACGCUCCGUCCUCGCCGUCACCGACGUAAAAGAUUUGGAAAAUUUAGCUACGAUUGCAGAUAAAAUUAUGGAAAAUAUAAGACCUAAUCAAAUAUCGGAGGUUAGUAGCAAACCGUCGACGUCAGCUGAUACCGUUACCGUGCUGCAAGAACAAAUAGCUCAAUUGACUCUGCAAUCCAUCACAUCGAAACAAGCGGCCCACCCGUUUUUUCGCGACCGCGACCUCUACCGCCUGACAAAUACAAUAAAGUUCGCGCAGAAUUUCAGCGAAUGCAAGAGAUGGGGAUUUGUCAACCUUCAAAAAGUUGCUGGGCCAGUCCUUUACAUGUAG